GCUCUCUCAUUCACAGCCCAGUUACUUCUCCACAGUUUCUCCCUCUAACCACACAGAGAAAACCACACAGAGAAGUGUUGCUGUGCUUCAAAUGGAUGUGUUGUCUGUUCCUUCAGACAGACAGAAAGGAUGGUACCUUUCUCUGAUGGCUCCAAACACAAAAGGUCCUGAGUUCGCCUGGUUGGACCCAUCCAGACUCUACUGCAACUCCCAGGCUCUUGCAGACUGUGUGAAAGACCUCCUCAGUCCAUUCCACAGCGACACCAUUGACCUGGUUGCUGGGAUAGAUGCAAUGGGAUUUAUUCUUGGAGCAUCUGUUGCCACCACUCUUGGAAAAGGUUUCCUGGCUUUUCGUAAAGCGGGCCAUCUGUGUGUGGUCACUCAAAAUCAAAACUACACAGACUAUACGGGCAGAGAAAAGACAAUGGAAGUAAGGCUGGAUGUGCUAAAACCAGGUUUGAGGGUGUUGUUAGUGGACCAGUGGAUAGAGACUGGAGGCACGAUGAAGGCUGCCAUCCAGUUGGUGGAGAAGAUGGGAGCAACAGUAGCAGGUGUAGCGGCCGUCGCCAUCGAGGAUACUGUAGGAGGGAAGUGGAUUAAAGAAAACUACAAGUUCUCUCACUGCAUUCCUGAAGAGCUGCAGAGUCAAAUUGAUGGGAAAUAUCUGGACUCCUUUAAAAGCUUUAACAAGUAGACGUGAUUCCUCAGGAGUUCAGAGAAGGACACCAGAGACAUGGACAUGAAAUACUUUAAUUUGCAUAAACACUUUUGUAAUAAAAGAAUUCAACUAUUUUUAGUAACUAAAACAAUAUGAUUAAUUUCUUUUAUAAUUUCUUACUGACAUGUAAAGUAAACCAAGACAUACUUCAGUGACAAUAAAUGGUAUACUUUAUAUUCAAACACACUACUCUAUAAAACAAAUCCAAUACUAAUUUGUUUGUAAACAAAAAGUACCUAUGAAGUAUUCCCAUUAUACAAAAUGGUCAUCUGGUUAGGUCACUCACUCAAUCUCUUCAAUCCACUCAAAUAUAACUGGCCACAACAUUACAUAACAGACAUGUGGGUGAUUAACUGAAGAAAAGUAUUGAUUG